UUAUAUUUAUAAUGUAGUUACAUCCGGGCCUCUCUUUCACUCUCUCAUUACCUUCAGCAGGAAAAAUGGCGUCCACCGCUAGUACAGGUGUGGAGACUGCUACUACGAUUCCGCCUCAGAACCCAAGCCUUAGUCAACGAGUCAAUGAUUUCUGUACAUUUGUGUACAAUUCUGAGGAAGGUAGCGUCCUAGGCAGGACUGGGAAAAGCUGGGCCCAGAUUGGUAUCUUCUAUUUGAUUUACUACGCAUGUCUGUCAGCUUUCUUUGCUGGUAUGAUGGCCAUUUUCUACCAAACACUGGACUGGAACUACCCUCGACUUCAGGGACCCGACACCCUCCUCAAACAGAACCCAGGUCUUGGAUUCCGUCCCAUUCCUGAUGUACAGUCAACCUUGGUCAGAUUUGUGAAAGCUGAUGCUUCUACAUAUUCGCCAUACACAGACCACAUCCAGGCCUUCCUUGAAUACUAUGAGAACCAGAACCUAAACCCACAAGAUGGUGGCACUGUAGCAGACUGCGACUCUGUCAACCGAAGACGGCCAGAGAAAGAUUGGGACAAGCCAUGUAGGUUUGACUUGACUGCCAAUCUCGGAGCAGAUUGUGUCAAGCAACAGACCUUCGGAUUCGAUGAUGGAAUGCCCUGUAUUCUAUUGAAGCUCAAUAAGAUCUUUGACUGGCAGCCUGAGUCCUUCACAAAUGAUACCGUGCCAACUGAGGUGGCCGGUCUCUGGGAGCCCUAUCAUGUCACAAUCAAAUGUGAAGGAGAGAACCCAUCUGAUAGAGACAACAUUGGACCUAUCGAGUACUACCCGCAAGGAGGAUUCCACUUCAAAUAUUUCCCAUUCCGUAAUCAGCAGGCUUACCGAUCACCCCUGGUAAUGGCCAGAUUCACACAGCCCGCGUCGGGUGUUCUCAUCAUGGUGGAAUGUAAAGCUUAUGCCAGAAACAUCAGACACAACCGUCUGGAAAAGGCCGGGAUGGUCCACUUUGAAUUGAUGGUGGAUUAACCAUUUUAACAUUUUAGGACACUUAACUAAUUUUUUUCUCACACAUAACAGUGUUGCAGAAGUGGCUUUUCAUGAAAUACUUGGAAUUUUUAGCAAAUCUUUAGAAUGGAGCCUUUUACCUGAAGGUAACUGAGAGAUGGUAGAGCAGAUGAUGGAAGGCCACAUGGACUGAAAUUCAUUUUUAAACAGAUUUUUAAUGGAAGAGGGUUAUAUAGGGGGGAGCUUUUCUGCAUAUAUAUGAAUUUUUGAAAUCUGACAUGUCCAUCAUUAUUUUAUGACUGAAAAAAACAAAGGGAUUUUUCCUAUCUGGGCUAUUUAAUUAGCUACCCUAAAUAUUCCAGAUAUGAGAAAUAAUUGUUACUGUUAUUUCUAAGAUAUGUCUGUUACAUUCCCAGUGCAGGAUAGUUAUUAUGGUAGUAUAUAUUCAGAACUUUGUAUAAUAUGAUAUGUAUAUUGAACACUGUACAUUUUUUGCUUAAUUUGGUCACUUAUAAAAAGAAGAAAAAUUCAAUAUGAUGUUCAAGUAAGAGAUUAUUAGUCAUUGGUAUUAUCUGAAAAAAAAUCUCAGUUCAUUAGCUAUCAUUAAUCUCCAUCACAUCACAUCUUCUACAUUGUAGAACUGUGCAUUUUUUUUAUGUUUGAAUGCAAGAUUUUUUUUAAAAAUGUUGUGAGAAGAAAGUUGAACGGGUGCAAUUUAUGGGUUCCAAUAUUUUGUUUAUGACUUAUAUAAUAUAAUAGAACUGUAUGCAAUUUUUUGUACACGAGUGGGAGUUGCUCCGAGAGUAUAUUUAACUCCCUGUGUUACUAACUGAUGAUGGUAAUAUCCAUUGGUCAUCCUAGUGGACCGUCAUGGAAAUGCCGGUCAGGUGUUCUCCGUCCCAAAACUUGAGGCUUGUUUUGGUACUGGGGGCAUUUAGACGGGUCCUGAUGCGGUGAAACAUAUUCAUUUUGAAUGGUAAGUGAAGCUGUUAGAAUGGAACUGUGGAAAUUGGCAUUAAAGAGCAAUUACUGUAGGAAUCGGGAUUUUGUACAACUUUAAAAAAAAUAAAUGAUCUGAAAAUUUU